AUGUACCCGGCAUCAGGAAACCCUGCGUUCCCACUGGGUCUAGACAGGCGAAUACUAGCUUUCCUGUGUGGAGGCCCGUACGUCCGACUGUCAGACUUGUGUACCAAUGGGAUACUGAAGCCACUCUGGGACCUGCUACCAGACAGAGCACCCACUGCUAUGGAAACCUUCAGAUACCAUCAACUCCGUCACUUUGUAGUCACCAUAACACCCCAACUGAGGCUCACCAGGCCGCUGACGCCGGUGGAAGACAUGUGCAACAGGGGCAGAACCUAUGUACUGGGGAAUAUCCAUGCUUUAUCAACUACUGAUGUCCUCCGAUACACAACCACCACCCAGAUUCCAAUCACUUUGGUAAGAAGCACUAAACGUGAUGUUCACGGACAAGGAGUGGGAUGA